AUGAAUAAGAAGGAAAUAAAAAAUAUAUGUUUCAUAUAUUUACAGAUCAUUUGCUUUUGUUCAGUUUUGAUAAAUUCUAUGGGACAUGGAAAAUAUAACACUAAAAAAGAAAAUAGCUUGAUAAUUAUAAAAAAAGAAACUCUGUGUGGGGAAAAAAAAACACAUAAAACUAAAUGUUAUCCGUGGCUGUAUUUAAAAAAUUGCGAAUUAAGAAAUAGGGAAAGAAGAAACAAAUACUUAAAGGACAUCUUUAACCAAUUAACUGGAAACCACUCUCCCGAAAAUUCAAAUAUUGAAUAUUAUAGCUUAACGCCAAAGCUGAAAAAAACUGUUCAGUUUUUUCAAGCACUCCCAAAUAACCCGUACCGCAAAAGUCAAGAAGUAAUAUUGCUAGGAAGGAAAUGUCCACCUAUGCCCGAUGAAUUAAAAAACCGACAAAACCAAGUAUUGGGAUGCCAAUCAACUGUAUAUAUACACCCCAAGGUUGAGUCCGGUGAUGGGCAAAAAAUUAUUUCAUGGUUAGGGGAUUCAGAUGGACUGCUGACCAAAGGAAUUGUUUACAUUUUAAUCGAUGGCUUGAGUGGCUAUCCACCCGAAGAAAUAUUGCAGGUAAACCCAAAUUUUAUUACACUAACUGGGAUUUCGGAAUUUUUAACAAUGAGUAGAAUAAAUGGUUAUUUAAAUAUUAUGAAUAAAAUAAAGGCAUUUUCUACGGCCAUUAUGGAGAAUAAGGAGUACUGA